GUCUCUCUCCACCGUGCUUUGUUCGUUCCUUCCCUCCUCUCUUUCUUUUUCUUUCUUUGUUUUUUUUUUUUUUUUAAUUUCGGGGCCUCGAUCGAAUCGAACUAAUCCUCUGCAAAUCCCCAAAAUAUCCUCACAAUAAAGGGCAUGUUCGACCUUUAAUCCCUCAUUUGGUUUCUCAGAUUCGCCACGGAGAAUCUUUCCAAGGGAGUUGAGAUUUCUAGGGUUUCUUCCUGUUGUAUUUUGAGCUUCCUUUCUGGUUGGUUGGGAGGCUUACUUUCGAGGGCUCUGGUCGUCUUGGGUGCUUCGUAUUCGCAGAUCUGAGUUUCGGAGACUCGUGGAGGCGAUUUCGCAGUUCAAUUGCGUCUGUCAAGAUGUUUUGGCGUAUGGCGGGAUUGUCCACCGCGUCUCCUGGCACGCCAAGUGUGAAGUGUUUGGUUGGCCAAGCAAAUUCCACAGUCACCUGUUGUCUGUGUGUGACUGUUCCCAUCAAUCCAUCACCAUUCAUUAUUCUCUGACCGUUUAUUAGUAUGCAGAGCCACACAGCUCUACGCCCUUCAAUCUGUACAUUCUUCUGUUGGACAAAAUGCUCUCCGUUCCAGUGUGCAAUUGAAACAACCAACCACUUAGUUCAGAAAAUAUGGGCCAACAACUUCUGCCUGUUCGAUGCUAAUCUGAGUAGGUCUUCUGGCAAUCAUCGACCAGUAGUAACACAAGUACUGCCUCCUGAUAAUCAGCAGAUGACAGAUGAAACUUUCAAGAUGAUUCUUGCCACAGCAGAAAAUAAUCCAGUCUCCAGCAGGGAAAUUUAUACUGUUUAUGUUGAGAAGCUCUGCAGAGGUGGAGAACUAUUGGAUGUUGCCAGAUUACUACAUCAUCUACGUAAUAAGCAGUUAUUCUUGAGUGCAAAGACAUAUAAUACCCUCUUGAGGGCCGCUGGUGAAGGGAAUGAUUUUGAGCUUCUGUCUCAGAUAUUCAAGGAUUUCUUGGCCUCCUGUCAAACUUUGAGUUCAAUCUCGUAUUUUAAUCUUGCCAAGGGCCUUUCAAAGGCAACAGAUUCUGUACUUUUACUUGAUUUCAUAAGAGAAGUAUCAGAACUAACAUUUCCAAGAAGUGCAACGGUCAUAAACAGGAUCAUUUAUGGCUUUGCUGAAUACAAGCAUAUUGACAAAGCGCUCUUGAUAUUUGAUCAAAUGAAGAGUCUGAAAUUUAAGCCAGAUGUGAUAACUUAUAAUACAGUUUUAGCAAUGUUGGGACAGGCAGGUAGGCUAGAUGAAAUGUUGCACGAGUUUGCAGCCAUGAAAGAAGCUGGUAUGGUCCCAGAUAUCGUCUCUUACAACACUUUAAUAAACAGCUCGCGGAAGGUGGGCAGAUUGGAUUUGUGCUUGAUGUUCUUACAGGAAAUAGUUGAAAAGGGACUAGAGCCAGAUUUGCGAACUUAUACUGCGUUGAUUGAUAGCUUUGGGCGGUUAGGGAAUGUUGAGGAAUCAUUAAGACUCUUCACUGACAUGAAAAGGAGAAGCAUCUGUCCUUCGAUCUAUGUAUAUCGGUCAUUGAUAAGUAAUUUGAAAAAGGCAGGGAAGUUGGAGUUGGCAAUUAAUUUAUCGGCGGAAAUGAACUCGCGUGCUUCAGAUCUUGUUGGUCCAAAGGAUUUUAAAGUGAAAAAGUAGGUAGCUUAAAUUUUGUGGUAAUUUGAUUUGACGAAUAAACUAUAGAAGAGGCUAGAGGAACGUUUGUUGCCUAAAGAAACUGAAAACCGCUGGAGUUUCCAUGAUUUUGGGCUUAACCAUAUAAACCCCCUCCCCCCUCUUGUACUCGAUCUUUUCUUUUUCUUUAAUGUUUCCCGUAGGGUUGUGUUGCAUCA